CCCUUCCAUCUGAAAAAGUGAGUCUUACACUAAGUAUUUUGUAUAACAUUGAUAAAGAUCUAAACCCUAAUUAAUAAAGAAAAAUUGAUUGUUCUAUACUUAAACUCUGGGUGACAAAAAAAAUGUUGAAAUAUAUAAAAAAAUAAAAAGUCUACAAGCACUUCCCUUUCUUUACAAAGGAGCUUCCAAAUGUUGGACCAGUACUACUCGUAAGAAUAGGUAAACGUACAUUGAAAAUUUCUAACAGCAAAAACACAAAACCUUCGGAUGCCACCAGCUCAGAUACAUACAUCUUACGAUUUCUCUAAAAACAGGAAGCGUCUUAUCUUUUUUACCGUCAUGGUAAUUAAAUAAGCACCUUAUUCUCUGGUAUUUUCUAUUAUUCUUCAUUCAUUCCCUUUUAUCUAAUGAAGUUCGCUCGAAUGAAUAUAACUAAUUUCAACAAUUCGAAAAGUUCAGCUCCAGCCCAACGUUUCCUCUAUAAGAUCGACAGUUUGAUUUCAUUGAAAUCGCAGUCUCAAUUCAAAUGAAUGUACUCAAACACGCUCUUCAAAGCGAGCAAGCCUUGAGCACAUAUUUCAACAAUAAAAUCCAUCUCUACACGUAUCCACAUUUCAACUGUGACGCUCAAAAGAUUGCUGUGCAAACGCCAUCGCCAAGAAAACAUUGACGCGCAUUAGAGCUCUCACCAGUCGAAGUCUCUGAAGUCAUUUUUUCUUCUCCUUGUUUUCUAGCGUACGCGGACGAUCGAGUGAAACGCUGCUGAGAGCAGAUAACCGCAUCUAAAGUGCUCGUUCCCGUACUGAGUAUCUAAUCUUGGGCCUGUUCUCCCAACAACCUUCCGCUCUAAAUUCAAGUAUUUCGCUCUUUCUGUAGUUUUUCCGCUCAUGGUUGGUAGAGAAGCCGCGAGAGAAGCACAAAAUGGCUAUGGAGGUAGCCAACUUGCAACGAGUUCUAGCGAACAAGCGGCAGAAGUGUUUUCUCUCAGCUCGCGAACAACCACGAGUGUCCCGCUUCAAGUUUGUUCUCGACGCCGUCGCCAAUUCAAUUGAAACUCACUCGGCCGCAAAUUGCAUAGAACAAUGGAGUAUGAAGCCCAAGCGAAGGAGAGAUCCCACACCAGGAAAAGAUGGUCCGACGAAGAGGUGAAGGUGCUCAUCAUUCUCUAUCAGCAGAAAGAGCUGCUCUACAACGCUCAGCACCCUGACUACACGAACAGGGAGAAGAGGCUCCAUGCCUACGACGAGAUAACCGAGCGGUUGCGCUACAUGCGCAAGACGAUCACGACGGAAGAAGUUAAGGCCAAGAUCGAGUUGCUAAGACGGCAAUUUCUGGUUGAACUCAACAAGAUACAGAGCGCCUACUACAGUGGCCGGUCCGCGCCGAGCGUCUGGUGGUUCAAUAGCAUGAAAUUCAUCCAGAGCCACCUGAAGAGGCGGAAUACCGAUGGUGUCGAGGCGACAACCCCGGAGGAAGAGUGCGAGCCCGAGCCCGAGCCGGAAUAUACUGAAUUUCCUCAUACCAAUGGAAUAUCCGUUAGUAAACGAAUUGUGCAGAAGAAGCUAUUGAAAACUCCAUCACCGCCUCCCUAUAUUGAAAAUGGAUAUAGUCCUAUUCCUGGACCGUCGAGUUCUCCUGAAGAACAGGGAGUGAGAUAUGUACCUAUGUCAGAAGGAAGUUUUGAAUCGCGAAGUAGUUCACCGCGGAACGUGGUUUCAACCAGUGGACCCAAGAAGCCAAAGCUAUCCCGCAAGGAGCUCCGAUAUCAAACUGACGCUGCUCUACUUCAAUUUCUUGAACAAGCCAGCGAUAACUCAGCCAAAAAAACUACUGAACAAGCUUUUGGCGAAUUUAUUGCCAACGAAUUGGAAAAAAUCCAGUGCAUCGAUAUACGAGAGGAAGUUAAGUGGGAGAUCCAACUUGCAAUUAGGAAAGGAAUCCAACAGGCUCUACAGACAAAUACACAUUCAUCUCUCUGUACAGUACCGCCGAACCAAAUGGAAAUGGAGUCUCCUUCGAAAGAAUAUUUUAUAAUAAAUAAUGUUGAGUGAAUUUAUCAACUGUGACGUCUGAACGAGUAUUAUUAAUUAGGUUGAUAAGAUUGAGUAAGGUUUAUUUUUAACGUUUCUAACAAUAAUUGCUUAAAAGUGCGGAGCAUAAUUGUAAAAUUUCUGACUGUAAUAAAAUAUGUAUUAAACGGUGGAAAAACUGUU